AUGGAGCACAAACAUCUGUGCCAGGAGCUGGUUGACAGCGUCCUCUGUCCCGGCCAGGCCUGGAUGAAGGAGGACUGGCAAGCAGUCAAGGACCUGGAGCGCGUGGUGGAGCUCCGGCGCCGUGGAGGGCCCUCUGCGGCAGACUCGGGAGAGGUGGCAGCAGGCUCCAGCGGCGAUGCUGGACCAGUUCAGGACGAUGAGCAGAAGCUGAUGAUGCUCAUGGAGGCCGGCGUGGAGCGCGCUCGCGCGCAGCGCGCGCUGCGAGCCGAGGGUGGCGACCUAAACGGCGCCAUGCUCAGGGCCACGGCCGAGGAGGUGGCGGAUGAGCCUGGUCCGGAAGACAUGGAGGUGGAGCAGCCUUCGGCGCCCCCGGCACCACCGGCUCCUUCAGCGCUGGAUCGCUUGGGAGGCCUCUGGCAGGAUAUUUCGCACAAGAUGUCCUUUCCGGCUGCUGCGGGGAUUCAGCUCGGACCCCAGCCUCCUCCGCCGGAAGGUUCCCGGCAGCAUACGGAGUUCUUCAUCCCCGGACAAGUAGUACAUUUGUACCGCCAGAACGGCCUGGCGCGGGCCGCCCUGGCGGCUCCGAACCACGAGGCCUUGAGACGGAUUGUGCCCUCACAGGAGAUGCUCCACGACCACAAGCUCGAGUCCUACGCUCUGGCGCUACAUCAGGCCUGCAUCGAAGUGCCGAGGGCGCCAACAUGGGAGUCCUUCGAUCAACGCGAGGUGUGUGCUUGCUGCGGUUCCGACUUCGCCUGGGCCUUCGUUCUCCAGAGCGAGGCACAGAAGAUGCUCUCGAGACACCACUGCCUGGCCUGCGGCCGCGUGGUGUGCGACGGCUGCUCGCGAAAAAGGCUCGCGCACGCACAUCUUGGCUUCACUGUCCCGGUGCGGACCUGCGACAGCUGCGCUUUCGCGCAGUUCGAAGGGGCAGACGAGGCGCUGGUGGCCUUUGCUGCAGAGGAGGAAGCGGCAAAGCAAGCGGCGAAGGCAGUCUGA